AAUAGAUGUGUCUGAGUACACCCUCUGUAAGCAACAUAUAAUGAAUAUUCCUGAAGUCUAGGUAGUUGGAAGGGAAGGGAGAAUCAUUGUAACACUGUCCUUUUACUGUACUGACUUCUUCAGUGAUAAGCUGCUCUUCGUGAUGUUUUAGGAACUCCACGACAGAGUUCCCUCUGACGUCUGCCUCUGACGUUUUCGAUGUAGAGCACAAAAGGCAGAGGGCGGCUCACGCUCUGCUGAGGACCGGAGUCCCUAGAGGCCGGGUGUGUUGCCUGCUGCUGGUGCGGAGGAGCGGGAUCCCACUCCCUGGGAGCACUCAGCCUUGUCGGCGUGCUGCACGCCGCCCAGCAGCUCAGCAUGAGCCCGGGCAUACGGAAGGUGGAAGCUUUGGACGAGGGUCAUUUCGUCUGCGUGAAGUGGGAGGACGGAAGCGAGAGCAGCUACCCCUGCGUCUGGCUGAGGGACAACUGCCAGUGUCCCCUCUGCUUCCUGCCCUCCGCUGGAGCGCGCAGGCUGCUCUUCGAGGAUCUGGAUGUCAACAUCGUGGUGAAGCAGGUUGCUCUGGCAGAUGGCAAAAAGGUCUCUCUCACAUGGCCUGAUGAACACACGAGUGAAUAUGAAGCUGAGUGGUUGAAAAAACGAUGCUUCUCUGAAGAAGCAAGAGCUGUAAUGCGAGCAGAUUUAUUUUUACCAGAACGUCAGUACUGGGGCUCAAACCUUCAACUUCCCAAAAUACCUUUUGAAGAAAUCAUGUACAAUGAUGAAAGUGCAUACAAGUGGUUGUGCAUGCUAAAGAAAGUAGGAAUUGUUCUACUGACAGGAGCUGCUACAAGACAGGGAGAAUUGAUGAGACUUGGCCACAGGAUUGGGUUCCUGCGUCUCACAUUUUACGGACCAACUUGGCAAGUGCAAGACAAAGCAGAUGCUAACAAUAUAGCUUAUACAACUGGGAGACUCUGUUUUCAUACUGAUUAUCCUGUUCUGCAGCAUCCACCUGGGGUUCAAUUUCUUCAUUGUAUAAAGCAAACAGCUCUAGGAGGUGAAAGUGAAGUUGUAGAUGGAUUUCAUGUAUGCAACAAGCUGAAGAAACAAAAUCCUGAGGCAUAUCAGAUCCUGUCUUCUACUGCUGUAGACUAUGCUGAUGUUGGGGUGGAUUACUGUGAUUUUGCUGUUCACUGUAAACAAAGGAUUAUAGACGUGGAUUCCAGAGGCCAAGAAAUUCGCAUCAAUUAUAAUAAUGCAACAAGAGACACAGUGUUUGAUAUACCAGCUGAAAAAGUGAGGCCAUUUUAUGCAGCUCUAAAGGAAUUUAAUGAUUUAUUAAACAGUGCAGAGCACAAGUUUACUUUCAUGCUGAAACCAGGAGACAUACUGACAUUUGAUAACUGGCGUGUGCUUCAUGGUCGCCAAAGCUACCCACCAUGUUCAGAAGUGACACGUCACCUGGAAGGUGCCUAUGCAGACUGGGAUGUGGUCAUGUCAAGGCUCCGCCUCCUUAGGAAAAGGGUCCUCAAUAGGGAUUGAGAUUUCUUCUAACUAGAAUGAGCAAAACGUAGAUUAUCUAACCUCAAUGACAACAGCAAUAUUAAAAAAUAUGAGUCUUCUUUUCAGAAACUAAAAUCACUUUUGACAAGGGUUUGUCAUAGAACCAAGGUAAUGGCUUUAAACUGACAGAGGGUAGGUUUUGAUUAGAUACUAGGAAGACAUUCUUUACUGUGAGGGUGCUGAGGUACUGCAAAAGGUUGCUCAGAAAAGCUGUGGC